CCUACAGCCUAUAAGAACCAAACAUCACGUUUUAGACAUCUAUAAAUAUGAGACGCACCAUCAACGCACGCACAAACUCUGCGCAAUCUAUCCUCUAAAGAUGACAACAAUGAAAAGACAAGUCAGGGUCCAGAGCUCCCUCCUCUCUGAUGGGGACUGUUUUGACAUGUGGCAUGACUACAUGAACCUGGGUAGACUGCUGAGGAGGCUGUGCGACAGGCCUGAUGGGGACCACGGAGAUACAGGUGGGACCAGGAAAAAUGAUGCAGCAGCAGCAGCAGCAGCUGCAAGAGCAGCGCGUCGGAGCCACAUCAGGACCUGUCCGCGGGAGGACUACAAGAGCUCCGGAGAAACCAGUUCAGUCAGCAGCUUGUCGGACAACAGCUGCAGCGGCACUUCUUCAUACUUCUGCCGCUUCUGUAAGCAGAACGGGGAGUCUGCAAGGGUGUACCGGUCACACAGGCUGAAGUCAGACGACGGGAAAGUCAUCUGCCCCAUCCUCUGGAGCUACACCUGCCCCAUCUGUAAAGCCACCGGGGACCACGCUCACACACGCCGGUACUGCCCGCAGGCGCAGCAACAACGGGAGGUUGCAAGGAAGCUGCCAAAGUCCAGCUUCUGGUAGCUGAUAGUGGACACUGAAAGACUGAUGAGACUGGAAGGACUGUACAUAAUUAUCAAGAGGUGUGUUCAAUGUGUUCAUGUUUGCACAGACUGUUGAAGGUUCCCUAAAUGUUUGUUAAUCCAAGUGUUUGUUACAUGUUUGAGGUUGUUUUUGCAUUAACGUGUUGCUGUUACUCUGCUCUGCAGUGGGCAGAUAAGUUUCAUCACGAACUUGUUUUAACAAAAACAUGUUUUCAAACCUGUAUAAAAAAAAAACAACUUACAUUUUGGAAAUUGCAAAACAAAAUCUGUCUUCUUGUACACAUUAACAAUAAACAUGGAGAAAGUU